GUGUCGCUUGGCGGUUCCGGCGUAGACUUUGGCGGGUGUGGGACGGAGCGGAGACUGAGCGCGGCCGAGGAAUGCUUGUGGCCUUUUAGGCUGCUCCAGCCUCCUCCAGAAUGUCCGUCGUGCCGCCCAACCGCUCCCAGACUGGCUGGCCCCGCGGCGUCAACCAGUUCGGCAACAAAUAUAUCCAGCAAAGCAAGCCCCUCACGCUCGAGCGGACCAUCAAUCUGUAUCCGCUCACAAAUUACACCUUUGGGACCAAAGAACCCCUUUACGAGAAAGACAGUUCAGUGGCUGCUCGAUUCCAACGCAUGAGGGAGGAAUUUGACAAGAUUGGAAUGCGACGGACUGUCGAAGGGGUUCUGAUUGUGCACGAACACCGGCUGCCUCAUGUGUUGUUGUUGCAGUUGGGCACAACUUUCUUCAAGCUGCCUGGUGGUGAGCUUAAUCCAGGAGAAGAUGAAGUAGAAGGUCUCAAACGUUUAAUGACAGAGAUACUGGGCCGUCAAGAUGGAGUGCAGCAAGACUGGGUCAUUGAUGACUGUAUCGGUAACUGGUGGCGGCCGAAUUUUGAGCCUCCACAGUAUCCAUAUAUUCCGGCUCAUAUUACGAAACCAAAAGAGCACAAGAAGCUCUUCUUGGUUCAGCUUCAAGAAAAGGCUUUGUUUGCGGUCCCCAAAAAUUACAAACUGGUAGCUGCUCCCUUGUUUGAGCUUUAUGACAAUGCACCAGGCUAUGGACCCAUCAUCUCCAGCCUUCCCCAACUUUUGAGCAGGUUCAAUUUUAUUUACAACUAAAUUUCCUUAUACCUUAAGUGUGCGGCAGAAGCUGUCUCUGUGAGAACAGUUUCAAAAUGUAGAAGGACACGUGACGCAAGAAUUUUUUUAAUUUCUUUUCCUCUCUGUCCCCUUCUUUUGCUCCCCAAAUUUCUACCAUCUGAAUAGGAAAGUGGAAUCUUGACUGUUUAGAUAGUGGAAUGAUAAGUGUAGUUGCGUUUUAAUCACCUAUGUUGUAAUAGU